GUGGCCAAGGCUCGGUGGGGGCGUGGCCGGCGGCGCGGAGCGGAGGAGCGCGCCGUGAUGGAGCGGCGCGGCGCGGGGGCGGCGGCGGCGGCGGCCGUGGGACGGCGGCUGCUUUGGGCGCUGCCCGCCUACGCCGCGGGGCUGCUGGGGCUGGGCGCGGGCGCGCUGCUGCUGGCGUUGGCGCUUUACGCGGGAUGGAGGCGGCGGCGGCGCGCCCGGCAGCGCGCGCUCAGCCUGGCCGCGCGCCUGCAUAGCGACGAGGAAGCGGCCGUGCGCGCCGCCGCCGCAGGGCUGGGAGCGGCCCGCGGGGAACUGCCGGCGUGGGUGAGCUUUCCAGAUGUGGAGAGGGCAGAAUGGCUGAACAAGAUCCUGGCACAGACGUGGCCGUUCUUUGGGCGCUACAUGGAGAAGCUGUUGGUGGAGAGCAUCGCCCCCUCCAUCCGCGCCUCCAACACCCACCUGCAGACCUUCACCUUCACCAAGGUGGACAUGGGCGAGAAGCCCCUCCGUGUUUUGGGGGUCCGGGCACACCCCGGUACCCACAAGCAGCAGAUCCUACUGGACCUCAACAUCAGCUACGUGGGUGAUGUGCAGAUCGACGUGGAGGUGAAGAAGUUCUUCUGCAAGGCAGGGGUGAAGGGCAUGCAGCUCCACGGGACGCUGCGGGUCAUCCUGGAGCCGCUGCUGGGCGAUGUGCCCAUCGUGGGGGCCCUCACCAUGUUCUUCAUCCGGCGCCCAACUUUGGACAUCAACUGGACGGGGAUGACCAACCUGCUGGAUAUCCCAGGGCUCAGCUCCAUGUCGGACACGAUGAUCAUGGACACCAUCUCCUCAUACCUGGUGCUGCCCAACCGCCUCCUGGUGCCGCUGGUGCCCAAUCUGCACGACGCCGCCCGGCUGCGCUGCCCCCUCCCCAGGGGUGUGGUGCGCGUGCAUCUGUUUGGAGCGCGGGAGCUGCGCAGCAAAGACCGCUUCAUGGGGGGGUUGGUGGAGGGGAAGUCGGACCCCUACGCCGUGCUGAGGGUGGGCACGCAGGUGGCGAACAGCCGCGUGGUGCAGAACGAGCUCAGCCCCACCUGGGAUGAGGUGUACGAGUUCAUUGUGCAUGAGGUGCCGGGGCAGGAGAUUGAGGUGGAGCUCUUUGAUAAAGACCCCGACCAGGACGACCUGCUGGGCAGGAUGAAGCUGGAUUUUGGGGAGGUGCUGAAGGCGCGGGUUCUGGAGGAGUGGUUCCCACUGCAGGAUGGAGGCCGGGGGCGGCUGCACCUACGCUUGGAGUGGCUGACGUUGCUGCCUGAUGCCUCCAAACUGGAGCAGGUUCUGCAGAGGAACCGUACGAUCCCAUCCAACCCCGACCCGCCGUCAGCCGCCAUCCUGGUGGUGUACCUGGACCGUGCAGAGGAGCUGCCCAUGAAGAAGCCUGGGAAGGAGCCCAACCCCAUGGUGCAGGUGUCGGUGCAGGAUGUGACGCGAGAGAGCAAGGUGGUGUACAACACACGGCACCCGGUAUGGGAGGACGCCUUUCGCUUCUUCCUGCACGACCCCGCACACCAGGACCUGGACAUCCAGGUGAAGGACGACCCCCGGCAGACCCCCCUGGGCUCCCUCUCCGUGCCCCUCUCUCGGUUGCUCUCUGCCCCAGAGCUGACCCUGACGGAGCCCUUUGCACUGCAACACGCAGCACCCAACAGCCGCCUGCACCUCACCCUGGUGCUGCGGGUGCUGUACUUUGAUGGCCCUGAGGAUGGUCCCCCCCCACCGACCCCCCCCGGGCAGUUGGAGACCCCCCCUGGAGCCAGCAGUGCACGUAGACCCAGCAAAGCCAGCCCAGACCCCCAGUUUGGGACUGAGGCUGUGCUGCGCAUCCACCUCCUGGAAGCGGAGGAUCUGAUAGCCAAGGACAACUUCCUGGGGGGGCUGAUGAAGGGCCGCUCCGACCCCUACGCUGCAGUGAGGGCGGGGGGGCGGCUGUUCCGCAGCAGAGUGGUCCGGGAGGAGCUGAACCCCCGCUGGAAUGAGAUCUAUGAGGUGGUGGUGGAUGACAUCCCUGGGCAGGACGUGGAGUUUGAGCUCUUUGAUAAGGAUGUGGACAAGGAUGACUUCCUGGGCAGGUGCAAAGUGCCACUCAAGCGGGUGCUGAGCUGCGGAUUUGUGGAUGAGUGGCUGCCCCUGGAGGAGGUGCGCUCCGGGCGUCUGCAUGUGAGGUUGGAGAGGCUGCAGCCCCAGCCCAGCAGUGCACAGCUGGAACAGGUGCUGCACACCAACAGCCUCCUGCAGCCCUCCCGGGGGGAGGAACUCUCAGCUGCACUCCUCUCCCUAUUCCUGGACCGCGCCGCAGAGCUCCCGCUCCGGAAGGGCUCCAAGCCCCCCACCGCCUUCGCCGUCCUAUCUGUGCGUGACGUCUCCUUUAAGACCAAGACCUGUGCCCCGAGCACAGACCCGGUGUGGGAUGAAGGCUUCUCCUUCCUCAUCAAACGGCCGCAUGGGGAGACGCUGGAGCUGAAGGUGCAGGACGCGGGGGGGCAGGCGCUGGGUGCACUCAGCCUCCCCCUGUCCCAACUGCUGGCAGCCGAGGCGCUGACCCUGGACACGUGGCUGCCUCUGUCCGGGGGGGGGCAGGUGCUGCUACGGGCACAGCUGGGGAUCCUGGUGUCGCAGCACUCGGGGGUGGCACCCAGCAGUGACCCCACGCCGGGGGGGGACGCUGAGCCCCAGGAGGUGAUGGCGGGGGGGGACAAGGAGGAGAACCAGGAUGGGGGGGGGACGCUGCGGCAUCGGCUGCCCCCAGCGCACAGCCGUACAGAGCUGGGGGGGCCCCGGCUGCAGCUGACGCUGUGGUACCACCGUGAUGAGCGCAAACUGGUGGCCAUCGUGCACGGCUGCAGGCAGCUGAAGCCCCCCCCCAAAGCCCCCCCCAAGGACCCCCCCGACCCUUACGUUUCACUGCUGCUGUUGCCCCCCGAGCGUGGCCGUGGCUCCAAGCGCAGAACUGCAGUGCAGAGGAGGACCCUGAACCCCGACUUCAAUGAGCGAUUGGAGUGGGACGUGGCCCCUGAGGACGCCCCCCGGUGCGUGCUGGAGGCGCAGGUCAAAGCCCACGUGUCCUUCAUGGGGGGGAAGGAGGUGCUGGGGAAGCUGCACUUGGACCUGGCACAGGUGGACUUGGCCGAGGGAGGGACGCAUUGGUAUGAGUUGCAGGACGAGCGCGGCAGCCCCUGACCUGGAAGUGCCCCCACUGCUCCCGCUGUGCCUGGAGGGGGGGGGGUCCUCAUUCUGCUCCUCCCCCCCACCCCCCCCCACACACCACCAUCAACCAAAGACGUGCGGGGCCGUGCCCCCCCCCCCGCCUGCAGACUGUUCUCUAUCUCUGUGCCUUUCGCCAUGGAGGAACCCCCCUCUGUGUUUGGGGGAGGGGGUGGGGUGGGGGUGUGCCCCCCCCCCCCCGCCAGUGUUACCCCCCCCCUCCCCAUAGGGGGACGCUUUGUCAGAGCCACCGCUGUGCCACCGCUGUGCCGCCACCGCCGCACCACCGCUGUGCCCCCCCCACUGCCUUUGGGGGCUGUGUUCCCCCUGACCCCCCCCCAAAUAAAGGAGGGAGGUGUCA